AUGAAAUUCCCCCUUCGUUCCAUUCUCGGUGCCCGGCCGGCGGUAAUCCGAGCUCUGGGCCGGCGAUACUUCGCCGCAGCCGCUUCCACGGAGGAAUACGCCAAGCGGAAUUAUGCCAAUAAUGUCUCCGAGUACAACACCGUCGUUGCUUCUCUCACUUCUCAGCGCAGGGGUUAUUUGUUGAGAGAUGUCUACGAUGAUAUGGUGCUGGAUGGAGUGCAGCCGGGUCGAGAUGUUUUCCAUUCUUUGAUUGUUGGAACCAUGAAAAGUGCCCGCUUGCAGGAUGCGUUCUACUUCAGAGAUGAAAUGAAAGCUAUGGGCUUGAUUCCUGACGUAGCGGUGUACAAUUUCUUAAUUUCGAUGUGUGGCAAGUGCAAGAACUCUGACCAAGCAAUUCAGAUUUUAGAAGAAAUGAAGAGAUCCGAAGUGAAGCCAAAUGGACAAACCUUUGUGUGUCUACUCAACGCCUGUGCAGCAACUGGCCGGCUAGAUCGUGUGUAUGCAAUUGUCCGUGAUAUGACUGCAGCUGGCGCUGGCUUGAACAAAUUCUGCUAUGCAGGACUAAUAACUGCUCAUCUUAACAAGACACCUCGUGGUGAUGAUACAGCCAGCAAGAUUAUUGAGUUAGUUGAGCAAUCAAAGGGAUGGUCAUCGGUUGAUGGAGCAACUUAUGCUGCUGAAAAUGUGGCGAGGGGUGUAUCUGAAGAGGAGUUAUAUAAUUUGCCAACAGCUGAAUACAUUCAUCGGCGUGGAGGGUUCUUGAACAAGAAACUAACUGUGUAUCAUGUUGCACUCCAUGCUUGUGCAGAACUGAAAGAUGUACAGGCUACGGAAGUUUUGUUGGAGAUGCUUCAGAAGGAUAAAGAAUCUCCUGAUGUCUUCAUUCUAAUGCAAACAAUGAGGUGCCAUCUACAAUGUGGCGAUCUGGAUCGUGGUCUUGCUAUCUUUGAAGAGUACAUGAAUUCUGGCAAACUUAAUAUGAUGGAGCUCUAUUUGACUCUUAUAGAGGGAGCCAUGGUAGGAUAUACUCCCAAGGGAAUGCAACUUGCACAAGACACACUGGUAAAAAUGACCGAGAAGAAUUACUUCUUGAAUCCCAAAAUCGGAAGCGAUCUCCUUCUUGUAGCAGCUGGUGAAGAGACCGGUGGGUACACGACUGCCAAUUACAUAUGGGACUUGAUGCAAGCUCGUAACAUGAUACCCACCUUCCCUGCCGUGGAAGCAUACUACAAAGGCUUGAAGAAACGGGAUAUACCUGAAGAUGAUGCUAGGCUGCUGCUCGUUUCUCGUACUUAUGACAAUCUGCUUGGCAAAUUCGGGCCAAGACCAGGGGUUACGACGAAUAGGCCUCCGAGAACUGCCGAGCCAGAGAUGGAGCAGAAACCCUCUUCAGUAACGGAAGCCAACCAAGCAUAG